CGAGACUUCGCGCGGGACCGCCCCUCGGUUGCCGGGAGACCGUGCAGCCUCGCCAGGGCGGGCGAGUCUGUCUGCAGGUCGCGGCGGGAAUCGACAGCCAGAGCCAUGGCGCCCAAGAAGAAAGGGAAGAGAGGGAAAACCAAAGGCACCCCAAUUGUUGACGGGCUUGCUCCGGAGGACAUGAGCAAGGAGCAGGUGGAGGAGCACGUGGGCCGCAUCCGCGAGGAGCUGGACAGGGAGCGUGAGGAGCGCAACUACUUCCAGCUGGAGCGGGACAAGAUCCACACCUUCUGGGAGAUCACGCGGCGGCAGCUGGAGGAGAAGAAGGCGGAGCUGCGGAACAAGGACCGGGAGAUGGAGGAGGCCGAGGAGAGGCACCAGGUGGAGAUCAAGGUGUACAAGCAGAAGGUGAAGCACCUGCUGUAUGAGCAUCAGAACAACCUGACAGAGAUGAAGGCCGAAGGCACCGUGGCCAUGAAGCUGGCCCAGAAGGAGCACCGCACGCAGGAGGGUGCACUGCGCAAGGACAUGCGGGCACUGAAGGUGGAGCUCAAGGAGCAGGAGCUGGCCAACGAGGUGGUGGUGAAGAACCUGCGGCUGAAGCACAGCGAGGAGGUCACCAAGAUGCGGGAUGACUUCAAGAGGCAAGUGCGAGAAAUUGAGGCCAAGUAUGACAAAAAAAUGAAGAUGCUUAGGGAUGAGCUUGACCUGAGGAGGAAGACUGAGAUUCAUGAGGUGGAGGAGAGGAAGAAUGGCCAGAUCAACAUGCUGAUGCGGCAGCACGAAGAGGCCUUUACAGACAUCAAGAACUACUACAACGACAUCACUCUCAAUAACCUGGCUCUCAUCAACUCCCUCAAGGAGCAGAUGGAGGGUAUGCGCAAGAAGGAAGAUCAGCUCGAGAAGGAGAUGAUGGAGGUGUCCAUGCAGAACAGGCGCCUGGCGGAGCCUCUCCAGAAGGCUCGGGACGACAUGAACGAGAUGCAGAAGCAGCUCGGGAACUACGAGAGGGACAAGCAGGUCCUGGUUCGCACAAGAGCACGUUUGAAGGUCACCGAGAAAGAGCUCAAGGACCUGCAGUGGGAACAUGAGGUGCUGGAGCAGCGAUUUCUCAAGGGGAGGGGGCCUCUUUAUGCACUGCAGGUACAGCAGGAGCGAGAUGAGCUGUACAGGAAGUUCACCGCCGCCAUCCUGGAGGUGCAGCAGAAGGUGGGCUUCAAGAACCUGGUUCUGCAGCGUAAGCUGCAGGCACUGAGUGCUGCCGUGGAGAAGAAAGAGGUGCAGUUUAAUGAGGUGCUGGCGGCCUCCAACCUGGACCCUGCCGCCCUGACCCUUGUGUCCCGCAAGCUGGAGGAUGUUCUAGAAUCGAAGAACAACACCAUCAAGGACUUGCAGUACGAGUUGGCCCGGGUCUGCAAGGCCCACAAUGACCUGCUGCGCACCUAUGAGGCCAAGCUCCUGGCCUUCGGGAUCCCUCUGGACAACGUGGGCUUCAAACCUCUGGAGACGGCCGUGAUUGGGCAGACCCUGGGCCAGGGCCCCGCGGGACUCGUGGGCACCCCAACAUAGCGCUGGCCCGCGACUGCUCCCUGGGUGACACUCCCUUUCACCAAGGACAGGAGCGGUUUGUCUUUUCGAUUUGUAUUGCUUGCAAAUGAAGUUUUUCUACAUUU